CCUGAAACUUGAACUUAGCUCCCGCAACGCAAAUCACAACAUCGUGAUUGUCGCUCUCUCUCUCCCUCUCUCUUUCCCCGUCACUGAAUCCGAUAUGCAUGCUCUGCAAUCGCCUCCUCUCCGUGCAUCGCCUCCGAACCCGCUUCGGAAGCACUCCAAUCGACAGUCCCAUCAGAUUGCUAAUGCGAGACCCACCAGGAAACAAGCCUUCAUUGCCGCAUCCGCCGCCGUUUCGGCGCCGAAAAGAGAGACCGACCCGAAGAAACGGGUUGUGAUCACGGGUACGGGUCUCGUCUCGGUGUUCGGAAACGACGUGGACGCUUACUACGAGAAAUUGUUGGCCGGUAAGAGCGGAAUCAGCAACAUCGACAGGUUUGAUGCGUCCAAGUUCCCGACCCGGUUCGGUGGCCAGAUCCGUGGGUUCAGCUCCGAAGGAUAUAUCGAUGGGAAGAACGACCGCCGGCUCGACGAUUGCUUGAAGUACUGCAUUGUCGCCGGCAAGAAAGCGCUUGAGAAUGCGGAUCUUGGGGGUGACAAGCUCAACAAGAUUGAUAAGUUGCGAGCUGGAGUACUGGUUGGAACUGGCAUGGGUGGUUUGACGGUCUUUUCGGAUGGUGUUCAGGCUCUAAUAGAGAAAGGUCACAGGAGAAUAACUCCUUUCUUCAUUCCUUAUGCCAUCACAAACAUGGGUUCUGCCUUGCUGGCAAUUGAUCUCGGUCUUAUGGGACCAAACUAUUCAAUCUCAACGGCUUGUGCCACUUCUAAUUAUUGCUUUUAUGCGGCUGCUAACCACAUUCGUCGGGGUGAGGCUGAUAUGAUGCUCGCCGGUGGAACUGAGGCUGCCAUUAUUCCUAUUGGGUUGGGAGGCUUUGUUGCUUGCAGGGCCUUGUCCCAGAGAAAUGAUGACCCGGAAACUGCUUCAAGGCCAUGGGACAAAGACAGAGAUGGCUUCGUCAUGGGUGAAGGAGCCGGUGUACUGGUGAUGGAGAGCUUGGAACAUGCCAUGAAACGAGGUGCUCCGAUAAUAGCAGAAUAUCUAGGAGGAGCUGUUAAUUGUGAUGCUCAUCACAUGACUGAUCCAAGAUCCGACGGACUUGGUGUCUCUUCAUGCAUUGAGAGAUGCCUUGAAGAUGCUGGUGUAUCACAUGAGGAGGUUAAUUACAUUAACGCACACGCCACUUCCACACUGGUGGGCGAUCUUGCUGAGAUCAAUGCCAUUAAGAAGGUGUUCAAGAACACUUCAGAGAUCAAAAUCAAUGCCACUAAGUCCAUGAUAGGUCACUGCCUUGGUGCAGCCGGAGGCUUGGAAGCCAUUGCCACAGUGAAGGCCAUCACCACUGGAUGGCUUCAUCCCACUAUCAACCAAUUUAACCCUGAACCGGCUGUGGACUUCGACACCGUCCCCAACCAGAAGAAGCAGCACGAUGUCAAUGUCGCCAUAUCGAACUCGUUUGGAUUCGGCGGACACAACUCUGUGGUGGCGUUCUCUGCGUUCAGACCCUGAAGGCAACAACAGUUAUCCGUUUUCUCCGUCUCUCUGUUUAUUUCUUCAUCUUCUGCAGUUUCUUGGGUCACAAGUCAGUCGGCCAUUUCGUUAUCUCGGUAUCACCCUUUUGAUGAGGUUUUGUAGUCUCGCCGUUCGGAACAUCUGCACUUUAUUUCUUUUAUUUUGCCUUAAUAAAGUUUCUUCCUCCCUGGUUACUUGUUACAAA